AAAAUAGUUUUUUUUCCUUAAGCUACGUCCAAAAUGGCAGCCACCAGAAGACUUCAAAAGGAACUUGCUGAUAUCCGUGCUUCAGGAUUGAAAUCCUUUCGUGAUAUAAUCGUAGACGAGGGGAAUCUGCUACUAUGGACAGGUUUAAUCGUUCCGGAAAAUGUACCAUACAACAAAGGUGCAUUUAAGAUAGAGAUUACCUUCCCCGCGGAAUAUCCAUUCAAACCGCCCAAAAUUUGUUUCAAAACCAAAAUUUAUCAUCCGAAUAUAGACGAAAAAGGUCAGGUAUGUCUGCCAAUAAUAAGCGCCGAAAACUGGAAACCGGCCACCAAGACUGAUCAAGUAAUCCAAGCGCUCAUUGCACUGGUCAACGAUCCAGAACCAGAGCACCCGCUGCGAGCAGACCUGGCAGAAGAGUAUCUGAAAGAUCGUAAGAAGUUUACCAAAAACGCAGAGGAAUACACGCGAAAGCACAGUGAAAAACGACCAGAGUAAUCACCUACUGGUUGUUCGGAAUCAAUCCAAAUUAAACAUUGCACAAUGCUCAGUUGUGUGAAACAUACUUAAAAUCAACUAGUAUUUUUCAUGUUUUAUAAAAUCCUCUUUAUUUAUCCAACCAAAAAAUCAACAACGAAAGUAAUAUUGUUGAUCGAAAAAGAAUGCCAGCAUGCAAACAAACGGCUAAACAACAAAUAAAUUCAAAUAGUCGAAGGAUGUUUCUCUUUUAUUUCGGCGGUCAGCAAACGAGCAUUGUACCUACAUACCGUUCAGAUUCUUUCUUCUUUUUGUAUAGAGUGCGCUAAGUCAUCUUUACUCGAAAAAAACCUAUACUUCGGCUUUGGCAUGCUCCGAGUGCUUAAGGAUUUGUUUGCAUCUCUAAUUUUGGCUAUUUAUCUAACAAAAGGAAAACAAAAAUUUAACAUGCUUUAAAACUAAAAUGUGGAAUAACCUACUAUGCAAAGUACAGAGUAAGAACUAAUUUAGUGAUUCAUGAGGAAAAAGCGAAACAAAACAAAUAAAAGUAAAUGUGUAAUGCAUUUGAUUUAGAUCUAAACAAUAUGUACUAUGUAACACGUCUGUGACAGCAAAACUGCGUUCUAACUUUAAUUAGACAAAUGAAUAUGUUCAAUAAAAACUUAAUGAAGCAACGUUAAAUUGAA